AGCUUUUAAUCACUCAUCCAUAUAAAAUAAACUAAGAAAAGUAUAUAUACAUAUAUUAAGAAAAAUGCUUGACACACUUAUCGGUGGGCACGGGCACGGGUUCGGCCACAAGGAUCACAUAAGCAAUGGUUACGGCUUCGAGGGGCACAAUGAGUUUGUGUCUCAUGAGGACUCAGAAAGGAGCCACUUCGAUCGUCAAUCCCGCUACGACCACCAAAUGAGGCUACCUGCUAACCACGGCCGUCCACCCAUGGCUCGCAUGCCUCCCUGUGAUGAAGAAGAGUCAGACGAUGAUGAGUUCAUUAAGAGAAGCCGUAGCCACCACACUACUGUGUUGCCGCAUCACCAACAGAAACCCCAUAUGAACUUCAUGCCCCCACCUCCGUUGUCUCAGCCUCACCACAACGGAAAGAUGGGUAAUGGAUGGCAGGGAAGGCAUGAAGAUGGAUACCAUGGCGGGCACGGGAUGCAGCAGCACGGUGGUCACGGCAUGCAGCAGCAUGGUGGGCAUGGGAUGCCACAACACGGUGGGCACGGGAUGCAGCAGCAUGGUGGGCACGGAAUGCAGCACCACGAUGGGCACGGGAUGCAGCACCACGAUGGGCACGGUGGGCACGGUAUGCAGCAGCACGGGGCGCACGGGAUGAAGCACCAGGACAGGCUUAUGGGUCCUCAGAUUCCACCACAUCAUGUCUACAUGAACCCCAACCAUGGAAGUGGUAGUGGCCGUACAGUAAUGGUGAAGGCUUCGGAGAACUGGCGAAUGAGCAAGAGCACCGGCGGCCACCACAAGGUCGGGUGGGGGAGUAAGGGACUCUAAGUGCACCACAAUACUCUGCCGGUUCAAAUAAGAAAGUAAUGAUUAUAUUUCCGAAAUAAUAAUUUUAUAAGAUGUAUGUGUGUGAUGUUUCAGUAACGUACCAAAACCAAACGCUUGGACUCUUAAUAAAAAAUGUUUUCGUUUCAUGAACUUAUGAUUGUUAGGGGGUGUUGUUGUUGUUGCUUGACUUAAAUAAAAUGUUUUCGUUUCA